CACUUAAUUCUCUUUUAUAAACUUUUGAAAUCAAGUCUGCACUUUAUAAAUUCGAGACCCAUGAGCAGCCCCACAAACGACAGCAGGUACGUUGGACAUCUAUUUUCUUUGCUUCACACGGGCGGGUGGCUAGCACACUUCUCAGGUUUUGAUUGACUAACUACACCUUUGUUUCUUAUGUUAAAAUAGCGCGUCCAGGAAAAGACGCUGGGACGCGAACGACGAGUCCGACAAGGCGCCACCAACAAACCAAUACGUUCCUCCGCCAAUGGACGCGCCUCCAAAGAGAAGAGCCGGCGCAUCAACUCUUUUUACGGCCAACAUUGAUAUCAAUAGCUCGACAAACCGCCAGUAUCUGGCCAGCAACUCGGCACACCGCGCCAUCAUUGAAUCAGCCGGUGUUGAAGUCUCGACCAAGGGCAGGUACUGCCCGAACACAGAAAAAGCCACCGAUGCCGACCCUGCAUUGCAUCUACAUAUCGAGGCGCCGUCGCAAGAGUGCCUUGACAGGGCAAUUGCAAUGGUCGAGCGUCUGAAGACAGAGGCGCCCAGCGAAGAAUCUGCUGGAUCGUCGCAGGCCAUGGCAGCAAUGGCGCUGAAUGACAGCAGCGAAUACGGCGGCGUGAACCGCCAUUACCGGCCCGGGUCUGCCUCGGGCUCUGCCUCGGGAAGCCACAGUGGCCGGCUGCAGGAAAAGGUGUUUGUAGACAUGGAGUCUGAGCGUGGAUUCAACGUGCGCGCAAAGCUCAUUGGCACAGGGGGCGAAAACAUGAAGUAUAUUCAGAACACGACAGGCGCCCGCGUGCAGGUGCGGGGCCGCGGAUCCGGCUUUGGCGACGGCCCAAUGGCAGCAGACUCGAACGAGCCCAUGCAUCUCUAUGUCACGGCACGUACCGAGGAGGCCCUCACCCAGGCGAGGGAUUAUUGCCAAAGCUUAAUUGACACUAUCCGUUCACAGUACUUUGAGUUUAAGGACGGCGGCAGCCGGAGGCAAGACUACCAUUCGCAGGGCAGCGGCAGUAGAGACUCCCGUGAUCGCCAAGCGGGCCACUACCAAUCACAGCGCUAUGAAUCGUAUCCGAACGGGCGCUCCCAGCGGUCAUACUCUAGGUCGUACUCUGGAAACCAGAACCAGCCCUCAUCUGGAUACUACGACCAAGCGGCAGCCUCCAAUUACGACCAGCAGCAGCCGUACUCUGCAACCCCAGAUGCAGCAGCCGAUCCGCAAUCGGCAGCUUUGGCUGGCGGCGAUGCAGCUGCGUAUGAAGAGUAUAUGAAAUAUUGCACGCAGUACUACCAGUACUACGGGACAUACCCGGACCAUUCCAGCUACUACAGCCAAACUGAUGCGAGUGCGCCGGUACAGCCUGCCUCUGUGUCCGGUACCACUGCCGAUGCGACAGGCGGCCACACAUACGCGCAGCCCUCUGAGGCAACGCCAUCCUCCCGCACGGCACCGACGCCAGAGGUGGUCGCGGAAAUCAAUGGCGAUUACGAGGAAGGGUAUCACAAUGUCCCCCCGCCGGCAACCUACGCUGGCAACAACCAACAGGUAUGAAACUCUACAGUGAACCUGUCUUGAUAUGUUGCGGAUGCAUCCUUGGUUUGUGACCAUAUAAAGUUUUUGCUCUGCUAAAAAACCCGCCAACUGACUCACCACAUUUUGAAAACCUUGUCUGCAAAAUUUGUCGUACCACUUUAAAACAUACUUCGCCAUCGUCACAAGGCUCAAAUUUAAAAGAACAAGGUACCGCACUCUAUGAACGGCACAUUGCAAAAUUCCCAAUUGCGAUUCCCUCGUCGCUGUAUUACAUUGCUCGCUCAGCACACUGUUCUAACAUUACAUUUUGGAAAAGUUUAUUUUUUUUGUAGGAGCAGGCCAAAAGCAGAUCCAAGAGCCGGCAACGCUACGAGUCCAAAGACCCGCUGUCAUUGGUAUUGAACAAGCACUCUAGAAACUAAAUAACAUAAUAAAUUUAUUGUUAACAAAAAAAACUU